ACGAUGUGCGAUAUCCAGCAGUCGUCUCUGUAACAUUGCCCCUGCCUCUAGGCAAAUCCGCUCAGGCACACGCCACAACCGCGCGCAUCCGCUCGUACAACAAACGCGUGGAACUCUUUCGUGCUUGCACCGCAUCGCUCGACGUCUGCACGUCUGAAAGGAGCGCUCUUCGCAUCGAUCAUAAAGGGUGAGCUUGCUCUGCGCUUGCCGCGGCAAGAGCUCAAGCAGCAUGCUCUAGACUUCUACCUGGAUGUCUGAACAAGGUCGACUGGCCGCUGGCCAAUCAGUCCUGUCAAGUCCAUCGGCUGCCGCCCACAGCCAAGCCGUCAGUGCGGUGUCCCCGCCAGCCUCGCCCGGCGUCGCUGCACAGUCGGGCGUGUACGCUGUCGAUGGGUCACCGUCCACAGGCGUCGCCUGCAUCAUCCCGCCCACUCCAAUCAAUGCCAAUUUUGCGAUCGAUGAGGCUAGCUUGGAACAUCGCCUAGAGCUAUUCGAUGUCCAUGCUGCCUCAUUGACGACAACGGCAGCUAUUUUGCCUCACCUGCCUCAGGUUGGCGUACAAACAUGCUUACCCAAGCCGGCCAUUCACCGCCACUGUUCGUUGGCCAAGAGCAACGGCAGUUCUAGUCCUACGAGCAGCGCAGGCGAGGUCUCCUUCUUGUCACGUCAGGAUAUCGUCUUGGGCUCGCCGUGCCCAUCUCGUCCUCUCUCGCGUCGCUCAUCAUCCGGCGCCUCUGCUGCUUCGAGCAAUAUCUCCAUCAGCACGGCCACAACGACAAAGAGCGUUCGCUUUUGUUCUGUUGCCCCUCCUGUACAUCUUACCUUCUCGCCUGUCGAUUAUGAUCGUACGCCUAUCGAGCCCAGCGGCGAAGCAAGAGAGCUUUGUCUGCCACCGCGCACGAACAAGGCAGAGCGAUCGCAAUGGAAGAAGUGCCUGGCUCGUCGUAAGAAGGAAGCUUGUGCCAAGAUAGCCGCCGGCGAAACCGUUCCCGGCUGUACGCUCAUCUCUCCAGCGGCCCAUGCCCUCGUCGGCGCCGUCGGUGGCGAGUCGGGCAUGCUUCCUAGCACGCGCAGCCCUGACGAGAGCGAUCUAUCGCAUGACGAGGAUGUCGAUGACGCCAUGGAAGACGAUGUCGACGACGAAAUGCCUGACUUGCGCACCGACGAAGAUCGCCCUCAUGUCCAGGCUCGGCCCGUAAAGAGCAUCAUGCGUAAACGUCAGCCUCGUAAGUCUCGCAGCGACAGCAUCAGCGAGGCAUCGUCUGGCGAAGGAAGCUCCGGGCCUUCGCGAGCCGGACUCGGCCUCAGCGCUAGCACGUCCUCUGAUGUUGCUGUGAGUUCGCCCACCUCGUCAUCGGCUUCCUCGCCACCUCUGAUCGCUACUGCCCUGUCUGACGAUCUUCCGCCUGUUCCUCAUCUGUCACACGACGAGUUCUCAUCCGGCUCGGAAGACUCGGACGAGUGGCACACCUUCCCUGCUCUCCCGAGCAGCUAUGGUCUCCCGGCCGCUCUCACUCAUGAAGCUCUGCAAGCGCUCAACGCACCCGCAACGCUCACACCGAUCAUCUUCAAGAAUCAGCAACAAGCGAUUAUUGAAGCUCAUCUUGAAUCGCGCGGUUCGGCCUCACCUGUCGGCGUGACACCCGAAAUGGGCGAGGAAGAGGAUGACGAUGACACGAUUGACAACCGGUCUACCGCCGUCAAAGAGCCGCUGCCUGUUCCAGAAGAUGAGGGCGACGAUGGCUGCGAGCGCGACGACGAAGACGAGGAGGAUGAGGAUGAAGACGACGAGGAUGAAGCGGAGGAAGACGAGGAGGAAGACGCACAGAAUGAGGCCGAGCCGGAAGAAGCACCAAAGCCAAAGAAGUUUGGCAUGUGUGCACUCGGCAAAUGGUCCCGUUGCGAUCUCUACAGCAGCUGUGACGCCCUCGGCGGCUUCUAAUGACGAACUCUUCAAGCUCACGACUAUCUCCUUACUUCGACAACCGUUGACCAUGACAUACCCAAGAUCGCAAAGCCUAUGUGUCCCCGCUGGACUACUGUUGUUCGUAUGAACCCUCGCAAGCAAAAUGCA